GGGCCCCGGGGGGAGCAUGGCGGCCGUGCCGGGGGUGGCCGUCCACCGCGAUGGCGGCGAGGCGAAACUCAGCAAGAAGUGCUGGUAAUCACUAGUGCCGUGGUGCUCUGCCAUGUUGCCGUCAGCAGCCUUUAAGCUUGUUAGGGGGCACAUUCGCCAAGCGUGCUGGCUACAGUGGGGUCAGAAGGAGCUGAGGCUGGGCCACCUCGCUCCUUUCACAGCGCUUCACAAGGACAAGCCUCUUUCUCAUAAAAGAAGUGAGCUGAAGAGACGCUUGAAGGCAGAGAAAAAAGUAGCCGAGAAGGAAGCGAAGCAGAAGGAGCUCAGUGAGAAGCAGCUGAACCAGGCCCCUGUUGCCAACCACACAGCUGACAAUGGCGUGGACACUGAUGAGAACCUGGACCCAAAUCAAUAUUUCAAGAUCCGUAGUCAAGCAGUGCAACAGCUGAAGAGCACCGGGGAAGACCCAUACCCGCACAAAUUUCACGUGGACAUCUCCCUCACCCAUUUCAUCGAGCAGUAUAAUCACCUGCAGGUCGGAGAACAUCUAACUGAUGUCACUGUGAAUGUAGCAGGUCGGAUCCACGCGAAACGGGCAUCUGGGGGAAAGCUCAUCUUCUAUGACCUUCGUGGAGAAGGGGUCAAGCUGCAAGUCAUGGCCAAUUCUAGGAAUUACAAGUCUGAGGAAGAAUUUUUCCACAUCAAUAACAAAUUGCGAAGGGGAGACAUUAUCGGUGUCCGGGGGAAUCCUGGGAAGACCAAGAAGGGAGAGCUGAGCAUCAUUCCCCAUGAGAUCGUGUUGCUGUCUCCGUGCCUCCACAUGUUGCCUCACCUUCACUUUGGACUCAAAGACAAGGAAACACGGUUUCGUCAGAGAUACCUGGACUUGAUCCUGAAUGACUUUGUGAGGCAGAAGUUUAUCACCCGCUCCAAAAUCAUUACGUAUUUGCGAAGUUUCCUGGACGAGUUGGGAUUCUUGGAGAUCGAAACUCCCAUGAUGAACGUCAUCCCGGGAGGAGCCGUGGCCAAGCCCUUCAUCACUUACCACAAUGAGCUGGACAUGAACUUGUACAUGAGAAUUGCUCCUGAGCUCUAUCACAAAAUGCUGGUGGUCGGCGGCAUCGACCGAGUGUAUGAAAUCGGGCGGCAGUUCCGGAACGAAGGGAUCGAUCUGACCCAUAACCCGGAGUUCACGACCUGCGAGUUCUACAUGGCGUACGCGGACUACAACGACCUCAUGGAGAUCACUGAGAAGAUGCUUUCAGGAAUGGUGAAGCACAUUAGAGGAAGGUACAAAAUCGCCUACCACCCAGAUGGGCCAGAGGGUCAGGCCUUCGAGAUUGACUUCACCCCACCCUUCCGGAGAAUCAGCAUGGUGGAAGAGCUGGAGAAAGCUCUGGGAGUGAAACUGCCUGCCACCAAUCUCUUUGAAACUGAAGAAACCCGCAAGUUUCUCGAUGACAUCUGUGUGGUAAAAGGGGUUGAGUGUCCCGCUCCCCGGACUACAGCAAGGCUCCUUGACAAGCUUGUGGGCGAGUUCCUGGAAGUGACGUGCAUCAACCCUACAUUCAUCUGUGACCACCCACAGAUCAUGAGUCCCUUGGCCAAGUGGCACCGCUCAAAGGAAGGUCUGACAGAACGCUUUGAACUUUUCGUCAUGAAGAAGGAAGUGUGCAACGCCUACACCGAGCUGAAUGAUCCAAUGCGACAGCGGCAGCUCUUUGAAGACCAGGCUAAGGCUAAGGCCGCAGGUGACGACGAGGCCAUGUUCAUAGAUGACAAUUUCUGCACCGCGCUGGAAUACGGACUGCCCCCCACAGCCGGCUGGGGAAUGGGCAUCGAUCGGCUCACCAUGUUCCUCACCGACUCCAAUAACAUUAAGGAAGUACUUCUCUUUCCUGCCAUGAAACCUGAAGACAAAAAGGAUAGUCCAGCUAACCCCAGUUCCUCUGAAGAUACUGGUCCUGGCACAUCUGUCUAAAAAAAAAAGAGUUCCAAGCAGUGUGCUUUGGACAUCCUUUCUGACUUUUAUAAGGUCAGAAUCAGAGGGGAAAACAUACAUACUGCGGAUUUUGAUCUGUUUGAUUACUGCAAUCGAACUGUCCAGUGAUGCAAGUUACUGGAAUAGGAAAGGGCAGUUGUAAUUACUUUGUACUGUCAUCACGAAAUAAAUCAUUGGUCUCUUUUC